GUGUCACGUCAACCGCUCUACUUUUCAUAACCGAGAAGCAAAAUGUACUCCGCUGAAAAAGGCAACAGUAGUGGUAAACGCUCCGCUGAAGGAAACAGCAAUAGUGUUAAACGCAUGAAUUAUUAUGUUCCUCGAGAUGAAAUUAAGUCGUACAAGAAACCGCUUGGUUCACAUGAUAAACCUCGGUGUAAACCACGAAUUUUGGUACGCAGAUUUGCGUUGACGCGCACGGCGUAUAAAUACUUGGACAUUGGAAUCAGCGUGGGGCCUGAAUCCUUUGUGGAAUUACAUCUUGGUGAUAUCCGAGGAAAUCACAUAAUACUGCCUCAUGAAACGUGGGAAAUAUUCAUCAAAAGACGUGUCGAUAUUGAGCGAUUCCUGCAAUCGAAUACACCUUCUUCGCUAAGAAUUGAAUAUCUAGUAAUGGAACAUGUUAAAAUACAUGAUACAAGUGUUGUUAAACUUACAGUAGACGAUUCUUGCUUAUACAUGAAACCAGCAACUAUAUUAUUUUUAUUUGAACUUGAACAUUGCAUAAAUCACGAAUAUUUAAAAUUAUAUGAGAAUAUAGAAGACGUAAAUGCGAGCUUUGAUCAAUUUGUUCGGUGUUUGCAAAGUAAUAUGCCUAGUGCCAUGAGAGAAGAUGCGGUCAAAAUUUUGCGCGACGUUUGUGAUAAAACAUCUAUUAUAGAUUGCGAAUUAGUAGCUUAUGCUGUGGAUGAACUUUUGUGUGAAACCUUGAAACGAGGUGAUGUAUGGUAAUAUAAAUAAAUAAAUGUGCUAAAAGAAAAUAAAAAAAAAUGAUUAUCUAUUUCUUUCGCUUCCCUUCCUUACAUGUAAGAUAGAUAUGUGAUAAGAUAGGUAACUGUGGCGCGAUCG